CGUCAACAUGUCAGUGAUGAGAUUAAAAUAAGUUGUAAUUUUUGUGAUUUUCUAUUGAUUUCUAUGAUAUAUUUGUGUAAAUAUUCUACAAAAUAUUAUUCAUAAUUAGUUUUGUGUUGUGUUUAUUAUCCAAAUAUGUGACAAGUGCGACAUACGUGGCAAUUAAAUGACUAAAAUUGUUGAUCAAUUUUGGAUAGAAGUUGCAACGAUUUGAAAAUUCAUAAAAAUGUCUCUACCUGGGAAUGGAAUUUUCGUCGUACAGGGCGAGAUGGCCAUGCUGGUCACCGCCAUGCGACGGAGCACACGAUGGGGCUCACAUUCCUUUCCGAAUGAAGAGUACGACAUGCUCAUGAAAACUUUCCAAGACCUUAAAAUAAUUCUGAAUCAAGUGGACGAUCUGAGGCUCCUUGAUCCCGCUACGUAUUUGAGUCCGUUCCUGGAAGUGAUUCGAAGCAAGGAAACUACAGGGCCUGUCACUAGUCUUGCUCUUUCUUCAAUACACAAGUUCUUAUCAUAUGGACUGAUAGACCCAACACACCCUAGUGUACCAGCAACUGUGGAAGACAUAGCAGAUGCAGUGACCCACGCCCGCUUUGUGGGCACCGAUCAUUCAUCAGACGGAGUUGUUCUUAUGAAAAUUUUACAAGUCCUAAGAACACUGAUGCUGAGCCCAGAAGGUGCCAUGUUAACUGACGACAGUGUGUGCGAGAUUAUGCUCAGCUGCUUCCGUAUCUGCUUUGAGACAAGACUCACAGAACUAUUACGCCGCAACGCCGAACAGUGCCUACGGGACAUGACGCAGCUGAUCUUCAUGAGAUUGCCGCAGUUUCCCAUCGAGGACAACCCUCACAGCUUCGCCACACUCGGUUUGUCACUGAAGAGACGUGAUAAGGUGAACAAGAGGAAAUCGCUUACUAAUGCUCACAGUACAAAUUCCUUAGAUAGAAAAUCGCCUGUAGCCGAGCCAGCUGUGGCUGAAAGUCCAACGGAAACAGAAGUUAAUAAAACCCUUACUAAUAUUGGACAGAACCAAGACAAGAACCUAAUAAACGAAGCAGAGAUAACCAUAGAACCAGUAGAUGGUAUCAAAAGUCCAAAACGUCAUGGCCGCCAUUCUUCCAUGGACCUGGCUAAUGGAAAUACACCUAUAAGUCAACUGCUCGAGAAAUGCGUUAGUGGAUCGCAAGAAGAGAAAGAGAAAGAAGAAGAAGAGAAGAAAGAAGAGAGUGAGCAGAUAGAGGCGGUGGAAGUCGGGGAAGUUGUGGAAGCAACAGCAGAAGAGCCGCUUAUCACAGAAGAGAACAAAGAAGAGCCAAAAGAAGAGACGCAGAACGAAGAUAAGGAAAAAGUAGAAGAAUACGUGAACCACAGAGGCAUUCGGUUCACGGCACAAGAUGACAGCUUGAAUCUACAGCCCUAUGGACUUACGUGUAUUAGAGAGAUUUUCAGGUUCCUCAUAUCCCUGUGCAAUCCCCUCGAUACCCAGAACACAUCAGCAAUGGUGCACCUGGGGCUGCAGCUGGUCCAGGUGGUGCUGGAGGUGGCUGCUGACCACCUGGCUUCGUACACCUCCCUCAUGUACCUGAUCAAGGAUCCAUUGUGCAGGAAUCUGUUGAGUCUGUUGGACACAGAGAGAAUUUCAAUAUUCGCGCUCGACCUACAAAUCUGGUUCCUCCUAUUCGAAGCACUCCGCGUGCACUUAAAGUUCCAAAUGGAGGCGUUCUUCAAGAAAAUCAUAGAAAUACUAUCCAUAGACACGAGCAAAGCGAUAUACGAGUUAAAAGAAAUACACCAUAUUUCUCUAGAAAACUUGGCCCAAAUGUUCAGAAUUCCUGGACUAUGUACGGAACUCUAUCUUAACUUCGACUGUGAUGUGUACUGUAUAAAUGUGUUCGAAGAAUUGACGAAGCUACUCUCCAAAAACGUAGUGUCUUCCACCGCUUAUAAUAUACACAGUUUGUCACUAGAAGUGCUAAUGACUAUAAUAGAAGCUAUAGAAAUUGGAACUAGUCAGAAGGAGAAAGAAGAAGUGACAGAUGAUAGGGAAGUAGAGAGGAUAGGAGUGGAAUAUGGUCGUGGUGGUCAUGUGUCCUUGGAAUUAGGGGGAAUGGAUGAUGCGUCUGUGGUCAGUGACCAUGUGACACAUGAUAUAAGUCAGUACUUUGGUGGAGGAAGGUCUGCGAGGCAUAAGCCCUCGGUGGAAAUACCAAGUGAUGCGGAAUUGGACAAUAUUAAGAAUAUGAAGAAGUGGGUAACCCAAGGUACAGAGCUGUUCAACCAAAAACCAGAGCGGGGUAUAGAAUUCCUUCAAGAGCACGGCGUUCUGGCCACGCCUUUAGAUCCUGAUGAAGUGGCCAACUUCCUUAGGGAAAAUCCAGAUUUGGAUAAGAAAAUGAUUGGCGAAUACAUAUGCAAGCGCUCAUCCCGCGGCGAGGACGACGGGCCGAGCGUGCUGACAGCAUUCGCGAACAGCUUCGACUACUCGCGGCUUCGCAUCGAGCAGGCGCUGCGGCUCUACCUGGAGACGUUCCGCCUGCCCGGCGAAGCGCCGCUCAUCUUCCUCGUCAUGGAGAAGUUCGCCGAGCGCUGGCACACAACAAACGGCUGUCCAUUCGCGAAUACAGAUGCAGCGUUCCGACUAGCAUACGCCGUGAUAAUGCUGAACAUGGACCAGCACAACCACAACGCUAAGAAACUCAACGUGCCCAUGACAGUGGACGAUUUUGUGCGCAACUUGCGUGGCUGUAACGGCUCUGGGGACUUCCCGACGGAUAUGCUGAAGGAGGUCUUCUAUUCUAUCAAGAACGAGGAGAUGGUAAUGCCGGCAGAACGCGUGGGUCCCGUGCGCGACGCGUACCUGUGGCGCGUGCUGCAGCGGCGCGGGCGCACGGCGGCCGCCGCCUACCGCCUCGCGCCCAAAGCCUGCUCGCUGCACGCCCGCCUGCUGCCCGCUGCCUGCCCGCCCGCGGUGACAGCCCUAUCCGCAGCGUUCGAACGCUCGACCCCACCCACACCUGAAGAGAUCGAGUCCAACUCCCGCGACUGCCUCGCGCUAGUCGCUCUGAGCGGACUCGAGCGGUGCGCUGCGCUGGUGGCUCGCUUGCGGCCCGCGCAGGACACGCUCACGCUCGACACGCUGCUGCUCACGCUCAGCAAGUUUACGGGGCUGUUGGCGCCCCACCACGCCUCGUAUAUUGCUGUUGGAGUGUCGCUGGGACAGGCGAGCAAGGCGCAGGUGGCGCUGCGGCGCGCGUGCGCGGUGUGCGCGCGGCACGCGGACUGCGUGCGCGCGGGCUGGCGGCACCUGCUCGACAUCACGUGCGAGCUGUACGCGGGCCGCCUGCUGCCCAAGUGUCUAGUAGAAGCAGAGGACUAUCUAUCGCCAACGGGCACAGUGUCGCUCAUUCGUGAAGCGAGUCGCGGCACAGAUAGUGGUCUACUGUCCAGCAUAUAUUCGUAUAUUGCACUGGGAGAGACUGGUAUACGUGCGCCAACACCACACGAGAAAGCGCUCAUAGACGCGGCCACGGAAUGCGUAGCGGCUUGCAACUUGCCCGGCCUACUCGUGUCUGAGACUAAAUUCCUGCCUGUUGAAAGUCUGCAAGAACUCAUUCAAGCUAUGCUAGCGGUAGGCACUCCGCCGGAUUCAGACAGCCUACAGCUCAAUCCACAAUUAGAAGACAUAACCAUAUUCUUCUUCGAACUUCUGGGACAAACGUUAAUUCAAAAUCGGGACCGCCUCCUAACCGUAUGGGAGGAUUGUGGGCCGCACAUAGAGCGCAUAGUGCUAUGGGCAGCAAGUCGCGGUAACUACGCGCUAACUCGAGUGCUAACAGCACUGUUGAGGACUUCAGCCCGUCUCAUGAGAUGUGAAUUGUGUGCUCCAACGGUAUUAUUGCACCUGCAACUGCUGUUCCGUUUGCCGUAUAAGCUGUUCUACCAGCAGGCUGAUGUGAUAUCGUGCGGCAUCUACGAAAUAGUGAAGACGUCAGCGCAGAAUAUUCAUAGCGGUGCAGAGUGGGCUGCUUUGCUGGCACUGCUUGCGGCAGCUGGUGCUGGUGCAUGGCCGAGGGAUGCUGCUCCGCCAGCAUCUGCGAGUCGAUCAGAAGGUUCGGAAGAAGAAAAUGACAGAAGACCAACGAGCGUUUCAUCCGAGAGUGAACUGUCGCAUUCGCCGCAAACGCAGGGAUGGAUAUUGGUGAAAAAUGAGUCGGGCAAAACGACAGAAGCGGUGGAAGUGGAACUCGAACAGGUCACGCUGCGUGCCCACCGCAGUUCGGCUCUCAGCCGCUGCGUGGAAGCGUUAGCGCUGGUCAUACGUGACGUAGCGCACGUGACGCCGCACAACUGCCGCGCCGCAGUGCGAGCGGUGCGCUUGUUGGCUAGAGCCACACUACACUCUGGUAAAACAAGUAAACUACGCGACAAUCGCAAGUCUAAAGGUCGCGGACGCUCCGAUUCGAGCGAUGAAGAAGAUUCACUGGACAGCUACCACAACGUCAGCAUACAGCUGUUAGACCUCAUGCACACGUUGCACAGUCGAACUGCGCAAAUAUUCAAGUGGUGGAGAGACGAGGCCGAUCAGGAACAAAAAGAUGCAGAAGAAUACGAUCUAUGGGAGGUGGCGUGGAAACCUCUCUUGCAAGGGAUUGCUGAAUUCUGUACGGACACAAGGAAACAGGUGUCGAACAGCGCGAUCGCGUACCUGCAGCGGGCGCUGCUGGCGCCGGCGCUGACGUCACUGCGCGGAGCCGGGUGGGAGGCCUGCUUCAGCUGCGUGCUGCUGCCGCUGCUGGCGCACCCGCCGCGCCGCCACGAGACUGCCGCGCGCGCCAACACGCUCAUGUGCAAGGUGUUCCUACAGCACCUCUCGGCGCUGGUAGCCCGCGCGUCGUUCGCAGCGCUGUGGGCGCGCGUGGUGCGCGUGCAGCGAACACUACUAACGGCCAGUGCGGAGCCCCUGAGGGAGGGCGCGUUGGAGUCGCUGAAGAACAUGCUGCUCGUUAUGCACUCGGUUAAGAUUUUCAGCAACGGUGACGGGUACAAUGACCUGUGGUACCUAACGUGGGACAUUAUUGGCGAAUUUCUGCCCAAUUUGAAACAAGAACUCUUCCCAGACGUGAACGACAAUACGAAGCCAGGUCAAAACCUGCCGAGCCACAUGCAACCAUCCAUCCCCCACUCGCUUCCUACCCUAAUUCCCGUCGCGCCAAACAGUAUGCCCAACGUUCCUUCGUAUAACACAUCGCCAACAAACACCAACAUUGGCCAACACCCACAAAACAUGACCCAACUUCCACCAAACAUGGCCCAAUACCCGGCAAACAUGGCCCAACCUUACCCAUUACCCGCCAACACACUCCAGUCCAGUCCCACUCACAUGCAACGACAAACAUCGAACAUUCUAGUAGGCUCUAUGGCCAGUUCACCAGUAAACUUACCAAUGACACCACCAGGCGGGCCAACGUUGGUCGCACCUGUACCAUUACCUGGGACAAUACAACAGAUUCUACCGCCAACAAAUGUGCAAAACACAACCCAAAAUGUGUACACGUUACAACAUAAUGUACCAACACAACUACAAAAUGUACCAAUACAACAACCAAAUGUACCACAGCAACAAAUCGCCUCAAAUGUACAAGACAGUGUGCAAACAACACAACAAUAUGCGCCAGCAGUACAACAGAAUAUACAGUCCUUACAACAAAAUAUGCCAUCGGUACAACAGAAUAUGCCACCGGUACAACAGAAUAUACCGCCGUUACAACAGAAUAUACCAUCGGUACAACAAAAUAUACCACCGGUACAACAAAGUGGUGUAACUAGAGUGAUGUCACCAACACUAGGCCCGCCUGUUAGUGGUAUGGUGGCGAUUAGAAAUCCGUUGUACGAUCAAUCGGGUUUAACAUCAUCAGUUUUGCUACAGCCGUUAAAUGAGAUGGUAUCCACCCCGAUCGGUAUAUCACUACAACCGACUCAACAAACGAACGAAAAUACACCUGACGAACAGACAGAGAACGUGCAACAGAGCGAAAUAUUCGCUGAAUAUCUGACCAAUCCCUACAACGAUGUACCUAAAGAUGAGAAGAAAUCCUUCAGCGCGAAUGUGACACCUAUGCACAGUAACAAUAAAGCUCAAUUUGGCUCGACAGAUAAUGUCAAUGCGUCUGGAAUGUUCAAUUUUUCGAGUUACUUCUCGACCGGAAUGGGCUCUGGCGUUUUUGAUACCCUAAUGUCGACACAAGAGGGAUAGCGGGAUGUCGAUGUUGGCACUUGGUUAUAGUUUGUUGAAUAGGCUCUGGUUCUGUCAAUGUUGUCAUUUUAAAACAUUUAUUUAAAAGAAAAAAUAAACUGAAAAGUGAAAUCUAUUGUCUAUUGUUGUUUAUUCAAGUUUGUUUAGUGAUAUGUUUUCUAAGAGCUUUCAAAAUCUAUAUUUUAGAGCUAGCGCGCAAGAGCAACUGUCUCCGCAACUAUUUUGUCUCUCCCAACAACUCUAUGGGCCAGUAAGAAAGUGCACGCACGUAGCGACACAACUUCCUAUAGAGUUGAUGGGAGAGACAAAAUAGUUGCGGAGACAAAAGUUGCUCUUGCGCGCUAGCUCUUAGACGUCUUACACAUCCAUUUCUUUCAAUAUAUGAGAGUAUAUGACAGAAUCAGGGCUAUUUUCGAUUUUUAUUGUUUACUGGUUAAAUAUAUUCCAUUAGCUGAACGUAUCUUUAUUUUAUACUAAGGCCAUAUUUAUGUAAUAAUAGAUGACAAGAUUUAUAUGUAUAGAUAAAAUUCUUUGUUGAGAUAAAAUAUAAUAUACUAUUAGCAGACCUAGCGAAAUUAGUUCUUCUUUUUUAAAUUUUUCUUGACAAAAAAUUAUAACAGUACUAUAAAUAUAUUUUAUGGCCUACCAAUUUAUUUGUAGAAUUGAUUAGAAUACUUUAUAAUUAUGAUAAUUAUGAUCCAGAAAAAUUGAAAGAAAUGAAAUGAACCUAGCACAGUUAUUUGGAAUAAAUAAAUUGUAGAUGUCUGUGAACUAUUAUAAUGUACAGAUUUGUUAUACGAGAUAAAAUAAAAUGUCAAUCAAAAUUAUUAUUUAUUUAUGUAAAUGCGUAUUCUAAAAGUACAACCACGACCCAUUAAUAAAUUGACACGGCGCCAAAACUUCAUUGUUACAACUUGAAGUAAAGAAACUAUCAAACUACAGAAGAAUAAACAGUUCUACGCAAUUAUGUUAUCGUAACACUAAAAUCUCAAACAGCACUAGAUAUAAACAAGAAUUGCAAUUAAGAUGUAACUGACGGACGGUCAUUGCUCCACGAAUAGUUUUAUAGCUACGCGGAAUCGUAAUUAACGCAUUUCGCAGUACAGUAAAAUAGAACGAACCAUUAUUAUGGUCCAGUUAUGGUCUAAUUAAUUUAAAAAGAUAAUUAAAAAGCGCGCGUGCUCUUACUUUUAUGUCUUCGUCCACAGAUAAUGUUUGUGGAAUGUCAAAUAAUGGUAACAAUUUUGGUUAAUUUAAAAAUCGAACAUGUUUCUUUUUUUUUGUUUUACGCGUCCUACUAUAAAAUACAGAUUUAGUUACGCGGAAAUAAUGUGCGAAGGUUUAAAACUGGCCUAAUUUAUUUCCCUUCUGUGUUUUUAAAGUAUAGGAUAGGUGUAUAUUAAAAUUAACUAUGAUUUUUAUGUAUUCACAUUUUACCGCGUCAGUAUGUAGAUAAAUAAAUUGUCUCACUGUUUUAGAGCCUAGAGGACGUUAGUCUAUAGGUCUAUGAUGAGUUGACAGUUUUUUUUUAUUCAAGCUUAAAAAUUGUAUUUAAUAUGUGUACUUACUAUUUCGAUGCACACAGAUUAUAGAUAGGUAUUCAUAUUGUAUAUUUUCUGUUCUUUUUAUAUAAUGCCAUAAUUAUUACAUUCCAAUUAACUUUUUCAAAAAAUCUGUGAGAUCUUUAUCUUUUCUACUAGUGUUGAAUUGUUUAUGUUUAUUCUGUAUUUAUUAAAAGAGUUCAGGGUUAAAACGAGGAAAUAAUGUAAAUUGUGUAAUUAUAAUAUCAAUGCUUAGUUUUUGUAUAGAGAGCUAUAUAUACUUAUCGAUGUAAUGUUUAGAUGUUUAUUAAUAAAGUGUUUUACUAAA